ACACUUUUCUCGUAACAAAAACGUUCUGUAUCACAUAUUUAUCAAAGAUGCAAGGGGCUCAAGAGGACUUGUCUUUGUCUUUGAGUAUCACACCAGUCAACCGACCAGUUUCACAGAAACCUCCAGUGAUUCCUCUAGGCUUGGUUGCUCCUUAUUAUCAACAAGCACUUGACAUCAACCAUAUGUUACAGAACCAGAUGACAAGAGAAUUGUAUACUCAAUUAAGGAGUCUGGAGGAAAGAGCCGUCUAUUUUAUGAGACUUAAAGACAAAGCCAUCGAAGACAUGAGGAAACAAACUGCAGAAAUGAAUCUUCGUCUUAGACAAGCAAGAACAGAAGCCGAACUCUGGAAGAAAAUGGCGGUCGAGAAAUCGGAAUUGUGCAGAGAUCUCGCGGGAAGGCUUUUGAAAGUGAGAAAGAGAGAGAGGGGGAUGAAUGGUAUUGACGAGAAUAAUGCGGCAGACGAGGCUGAGUCGUCCACUGGUGAAAAUGCAGCGGAUGUUUUACACACAGCAAGGACCCGUUUAUGCAAACGCCGCCGUCUUUGAAAUUGGCGGGGAUUUGAAGUGUGUGACUUUAAAUUCACGUGCGUUCGUUUUUGUUUUUUUGUAUGGACGUUUGUUUAAAAUGUUCCCACUUCCUAGAGAUGUUAUGUAUCCAACGCUGUAUAGGGGAGAGGGAAGUUUUUGAAUAUGAGUCCAAUUAUUCUUAAAUGUACCUUGAACAGUGUCUAUUACAUUUUCUUUUUUAAUACCACUUACCAUUUA